AUGGCUCAUGCGGCGUCUCUACAGAUAGAUGCGAAUUCACUUGGAUUAAUCAUUGCAAUUUUUGUUCUGCGUUGUUCCGCCGUUUAUUGGAGGUCCUCUUUGGAGCCCCACCAGCUGCCUUGCUUCGUUGUGUACUUUGCCCUCGUGCCAUUGGUGGCCGUCAUGUCUGAUACUAUUCAUGUUACAUAUCGUCGCUGCAGUAUUCUGAGGCACAUUGUGGCUGGAUGGUUGGACAGCUCCUAUGUCGUCAGGCGCUUGUUCUCCGCGUUCCCGUUUGCUGUGAAGCCGGCUCCCUCUAAUUAG